AUGUCUCCCCGGAGUAAAGAAGCGGCGCAGUUCCUCCAGCAAGUGCUCCUCCUCCCGGUGCAUCACCGGCUCCCUCGCACGACGCCGCGGUCGCUGUGCAUCCAAUGCCAGACACGACAGUUGCGCCAGCUGCAUUCCGCGAACCGCACACUUGCCCCGUGGACGGUCUCGACCCAAUCCUCACAACAUGUCCCCAGCAGCAGCAGGAAGACAUUCUCCACCUCCCCGUCCCUGCCCAAGAAGUCGUCCUCUUCGUCCAAGUCCGCGCGCAAGUCCCCCUCGCUGGACUCGCUCACCCACAAGGACGCAGUCCAUAUCCCGGACAACAAGGCCACGCGCAACCGCGACAGCGAGAUCGACCCGUACGACUUCUCCGAGCUGGAGGCGGGCAUCGCCAAAGCUGUUGCACGCUUGAAGGAAGCGUUGGUCAAGACGAAGGACGCCGGCCGGGUCACGCCCGAAAUGAUCGAGGCGCUGCCCGUCGAGAUCAAUGUCAAGGGCGCGGAGACCGGGAGGGGCAGUCCGCAUAAAGAGAAGGUCAAGGUGGGAGAUCUGGCCAGCGUCGUGGCGAAGGGCGGGAGGAGCGUGCAGAUCUUCUGCGCCGAGGAAGCUCACGUCAAGCCGAUCGCCUCCGCCCUACUCGCAAGCCCCUACAGUCUGGUGCCGCAGACCACCGCCCCCCACACCCCGGGGACCACGUCGGUGUCGCAGUCCAACCCGCCGACGGCGUCCAACCCGCUGCUGAUCACGGUGCCGGUGCCGCCCAUCACAGCCGAGACGCGCAACCUCGCGCGCGCCGAGGCCAAGAAGAUGUUCGAGCGGGCGUCGCAGGAGGUGCGGCACGCGCGCGGCGAGGCGCAGAAGCGGUUCCGCAAGAUGGAACUGGGCAAGCUGGUCAUCGUGGACGAGCUGCGCAAGGCCCACAAGCAGAUGGAGGAGGUGGUCAAGAAGGGCCAGGACGAGGUCAAGAAGGUUUACGAGGCGAGUUUGAAGGCGUUGGACGGAUAA